CCUCACACUGAGCCUAUAGUAUUCUUCUGAAGGCCGAACCUCGUUAAACAACAACAAAAAAAAUAAGACUGGUCUGAGUCUCUGUUUGCGAUGGUUUCCCUAUCAACGUGGUUUCGGUACAUAGCCCACAAGAUCGAGUACUCCGUCUCUCUUAGCUGGAAGGACUAUCAAAGAGGUCAAAUAUCCAACAGAGAAGCAGGCGAUGCGAUUUGGAAGAAUCUACUUCAGGGACGGUUGACGUACUUGCACUGGAAUAAGGGUGAGGAAAUGACUCCUACUACAGGUGCUCAAGGGGGAACUCUUCUCGUCCGGAAAAUACCAGCUGCAGAUCCGACGCGUGUUUUUGUUGGAGAUGUUGUAGUGUUGAAGGACCCCCAGAAAUCAGAUAACUAUCUAGUCAGAAGAUUGGCUGCUACUGAAGGGUAUGAAAUGGUCUCUAAGGAUGAAAAAGAUGAGCCUUUUGUUCUUGAAAAGGAUGAGUGCUGGGUGUUGGCUGACAAUGAAAACAUAAAGCCUAAGCAGGAAGCCAACGACAGUCGAACAUUUGGUCCAGUGCCCAUGACUGACAUUGUUGGCAGAGUAAUAUAUUGCCUGCGAACGGCUGUAGAUCAUGGCCCUGUGCAGAAUAGUCAUUUCAGUAUGAGAGAGGAUUCACCAGUGUUGGAAGUCGAACUAGAUGUUGAUGAGAUGGCAAAAAAUCACAAAGCCUAAAAUUCUGCCCCACAUAAAGCACUGACUUAGUUUGUAUGUAUUGUUCUUUCCUCCCAAUUUUCCAAUUGGAUUUCUUUUUUGCUUGAACUACAAGGGAAAAAUAAAAGGAGGACUUUAAAUUGUUCAUCGGCUAUGGAAGGGUGGUGUAUUUAUUGUUUCCUUGACCAGGUUUUCCGAUCGGGUAGUCCGGUCUUUCUUUCCAAACUGAUGCAUAUGAAGCGGCCUCUGCCGAAUUGAGUUUCGGCUAUAUUUGACUUUACUUUGGAAAGAUAUUGUAGUCUUAAAACUAGCCAAAAGAGUGGAAGGGAAUCAAUCUUGUUGCUGUUCUGGAUGCUUAUAUUGGACCUCUUUGGCUUGCCUUUAAUUGCCUAUGAGCUUACCAUUGCCAAGUGUUGAAGUGUAACAUCUGGUUCUGAAAACUCCCUAUUUUUCACACCAACUGCUGGCCAUUAUUGGGCUUGUUUUAAGACUCUUUAUGCUCUAAAAUCAGUGCGAUUGUCUUCUACACA